AUGGCCGGCAGAAUUGCCCUCAACUCUCUGAAGGUGGCGGCUCGCCCGCGGUUGUUUGCCGCCCCUCAUGUUCGCUCUUUGGCCACGUCGUCGAACCCACCACCACCCGCGGAACGCGCCUCGGAGAUCAUCAACAAGCUCCCUUCGUCCCCCAACCUCAUCACGAAAACCGGCACUGCCGUUCUCGGAACGGGGUUGGUCGCCACCGCGAUCUCGCAGGAGCUCUACGUGCUGAACGAGGAGUCGCUCAUCCUGGCCGGGUCAUUGAUUCUCUUCACCUAUAUUGCGAAGGUGAUAAGGGAACCGUACAAGGAGUGGGCUGAGACGCAAAUCGGACGGAUUAGAGAUAUCCUGGCUAGUGCCCGUGCUGAGCACACGCAAACCGUCAAAGACCGCAUUGAUUCCGUCAACCAGAUGAAGGAUGUCGUCUCCCUGACCGAAGGUCUCUUUGCUCUCUCCAAGGAAACUGCUCAACUUGAAUCGGAGGUCUUCGUCCAGAAGCAGAAGGUCGCUCUUGCUUCUGAGGUCAAGUCGGUGUUGGACAGCUGGGUUCGCUACGAGCAGCAGUUGAAGGAGAGCGAACAAGCGGACUUGACCAAGACGAUUAUCGAGAAGGUUUUGGCUAGCUUGAAAGAUGAGAAGACUCAACGGGACAUUCUCCUUAGUUCGAUCGCGGAAGUUGAACAACUCGUGAAAAGCAAGGCCAUCUAA